AUGUUUGACAUGUCGUUGGCCCUCGGUAUUUUCUUUUUGGCCGCUGGAGUGACGGGAGCUCAGAGCGCAUUGAACUCCCGUGGCGAAGCGACAGUCGCUUCUGAAGAAUCUGUGCUUACAGUGAAAGAUGUAUCAGUUGCCGACUCUUAUGCACAACCUUCGCUUGGAGCGGCUCGUCGUCAAAUUACAGCCAGAUUCCUAGUCAUCGCAGCAGCUGCGGCAAUGGCGCUGAUUUACACAAUCAUUUCUUGCUUCAGUUCCAUCAACAAACGCGGAACCAAAGCUGGCAUGGGUCUUAUGCUGAGAAGGCUGGCGGAGGAAGGUGCUGACCAGUGCUCUGACGUUGUCUCGCCAGUGGUGUCGUUCGAGCACUGUAUGGGCGGAGUAUGUUUGGCGGCAGAGGCGUGUUUGCUUGGAUAUUCGACGUUGUCUCGCCAGUGGUGUCGUUCGAGCACAGUCCGACUUGGACACCGUCACAGAUGGCAGACAGUGACGUUGCGCAGCGUUGACGCUGUAGAGUUGCGGUUUUAG